GCCGGCCCUGCCUUCGCGUAGCGGUGAGGGGGCUUCUCCAGGGCUGUAUUUCUGGAACUUAAGAGGUUUCUGAGCGAUUUCCGACUGAGUUUGGGUGCUUGAAGGCCAGGCCAACUACAGACUGACUUCAGAAAGAAGCAGGGACGGUUUCCAGGGGCGUUGUUAAUGCUUCAUGCAGCUAUACAGCCACGUUGGAUCUUGUUCUUCACCUGAAGUCAUGGAUUCCCCCUGUUAGUAGUUAAAAUGACGACAGCAGCAAGACCAACGUUUGAACCUGCGAGAGGAGGAAGAGGAAAAGGUGAAGGAGACUUAAGUCAGCUAUCCAAACAAUAUUCCAGCAGAGACCUUCCUUCUCAUACUAAAAUCAAAUACAGACAGGCCACUCAGGAUGCUCCUGAAGAGGUGCGUAACCGUGAUUUCAGAAGGGAGCUGGAGGAGAGAGAGCGGGUCGCUGCAAGAGAAAAGAACAGAGACAGACCAACCAGAGAACACACAACAUCAUCUUCUGUGUCUAAGAAGCCUCGGCUAGACCAGAUUCCUGCAGCAAAUCUUGAUGCAGAUGAUCCACUUACAGAUGAAGAUGAUGAAGAUGAGGACUUGGAAGACAGUGAUGAUGAUGACACUGCAGCUCUUCUGGCUGAACUGGAAAAAAUCAAGAAAGAACGAGCUGAGGAACAGGCUCGAAAGGAACAAGAGCAAAAGGCUGAAGAAGAAAGAAUUCGGAUGGAGAACAUUCUGAGUGGUAACCCCCAGCUGAACCUUACCGGCCCCGCACAGCCUCAAGCAAACUUCAAAGUGAAGAGGAGAUGGGAUGAUGAUGUUGUCUUCAAGAAUUGUGCCAAGGGGAUAGAUGAAUCGAAAAAGGACAAGAGAUUUGUGAAUGAUACUCUGCGAUCAGAAUUUCACAAAAAGUUCAUGGAAAAAUACAUCAAGUAGUACAGUUUUAUGUGCGGUGGUGACGAAGGACUUGGAAGGUCGUGGUUGUUCCCUCCCUCUCCCUCAGAAUUCAAGGCCGAAUACUCGGUCAUGAAUUCCUAAACGCUUUUCCAAGAUCAUCAACAGCUUCAUAAUUAACAAUUGCUAUGUAUCUGGAGUUUUUAUUCCUUUGGUAUUUUUUCCUUUUCAGUUUUAAUUAAAUCAGUUUCAUGUCUCAUGAAUGUUUUUCUGUUCACAUCCAUCCACUGGCUUUCUUGUAAAUGGUAGAAGAGAGAAGCUGGUUGGCAAUAAACACUUUUAAUUGUUUAAAUUGCUUUCCAAAACAACCUGUAUUUGUAAUGAUGGUGGUUUGUAACUUAUGCAACUUACUUAAAGGUCAGUAUUAUCAAAGAUGGGUAAUAGCUGAGCAUGAUGAGCAGUGUGAACUGAGAAGAGCUGUACUUUCUGCAGCAAACUGGACUUACUUCCUCUGUAUAAUCUUCCUUUUUAGUUUCUUCUUACUCUCAACCAAGUUAGGUUUGGUGGGGUAGUUCCAAGUUUUUAGCAGCCCUGCUUUCUGGGCUCUCUUGACUUGGCACUUCUGGGGCGAUACCGUGUAAUGCUUGGAGGAACACUGGGUUUUUUUCUCUCCUUAAUAAACCAUUGCAGUGCUCGGUCCCUCAGCCACAGCCACGUGGCUGCAAGGUUCAGUCUGGGUGUGUGCGUGUGGUUCGGUAGUAAUAGUGCUGGCAGAAACUUGCGAGUGUUUUUAUUAAACAAGUGAUCUCCUCAAGAUGCCAUAGUACACUUUGUUUGCUUCUUAAAAGUCCAUUUUAACACUUAAUAGGACAACAUAAAAUAUGAAUGACUGAAAAAAAAAAAUCUGAGUUGUGAAGGAUUUUAUUUCCUGCCCCCCCCUUCUGUCAUCUCAGUUGUGUUUGAAAUCUUGGCCAAGUGACGCGCUGGCUAUGAACCUAAUAUCUGCAAAAUGUAGUAAUUACCUCUCUACCUAGAAGGCUACAGUGGCAGAACUCAGAUGUGUUUAUGUAAAAUUCUUGCCCUUUUCCUUGCCUAUGUUAUGCUCAGUCUGGUUCAUUCUUACAGACACUGUUUUAUAGUAAUACAAUUUUCAAGCUCUCAGUUAGAAAACCCAUCUGAUUUUCCUUUUAAGAGAGCAAAUAUAAAGCAAAAUGCUUUAGAUUUUUGUUGGGCAUGACUCUAGUAUCCUGUAAAAGCUUUCGUUAGCUUUAUUUAGCUGUAUUUUCCACCCUUUCAUUGAGCUAUGCAUAGUGUACUAAUGCCAGCAGCUAACACCCGUAUUUACUCGGAAGCGAGAUUUUCAGCAUGCUUUUGAGGUCACGUGAGCUCCUACAGCUACAGGAGGAGUAUGUGUUUGUGUUACUUCUGGUAGCUGCCUCGUGAUAGUAGUGAUUCUUGGGAAGCAGAAAUAUGGGUGCCGUUUGUAAUUCUCUCUCUUUAAAUUAAAGGUGCUAAAAUCUUGGUGUAUAGGCAACAUAUUUAGAAGAAAAAAAAAAAAAGUUAAGGGCUCUACUUGUCAGAGUCUGGCUGUGGAGAAGGCAGCUGCUGCUUUAGGUCUGACCUAACAGCAUAUUUGUCAUGGCAACAACAAAAAAUACAUUGGUCUCGCAGUAUUACAAGAUAUAAUCGCUGUGCCAAAGCGAGCAUACAGUUUUAUUGGAGAGGGGGAGACAUAGUUGAAACUCCAGUUCGAUGCCUUCAUGGAAAUCUAAGUGCAUAAUGCCAUCGUUUGUGUUCUUGCAGUAAUGUAACUCUUUUCUUAGAGAAAAUAAGACUUUCAAGAAGUCAGAUGGCCAGGGCUGGAUGAGAUCAUCUUCAGCUAUGCGGGCAGUUGUUCUCAGCACCUGCAGGAACAUCCCUUUCUUAAACUUUUGCAUAAUGCAUAGGUGAACUCUGUCAUUUUUUCCAGUAGCUCUCCUUCUCCCUGGUUCUGGAGAAGGAGCUGUCGGGGCCAUGUAGCUCCCGGCUGCAGCUGUAUUUGAGGGUUUUUGUUGGCAUUGUUGCUCGCCUCAACCACAGAAUUUGCCGAUCCUAUCUCUAACCUCCCCCCUCAAAGCUUUUGUAUUUUAGCCUCCUGCAGUGUAAGCUGACCCACAGUCUGAGGACUCGGCACUACACAAACACAAUUUGAUAAUUAAGGAACCUCCAGCCUUAUCUCUUGGUGGGUUUUGCAUCAUUAACUACUGAAUUUUCUUCACUGGGUACUGGAAAACUGUAAAGCGUUCUGUGCUUUUUGUUGGGGAAGAGCCCUGCGCUUUCAGUAUUAAUCCUGUAUUGAUGUUUAAUUUUCUACUGUGCUGCUUGUACGCAUCCAGGAAAAGACAAGGAGAUA